CUGUAGGUAUUCCACCUCAUCCGUCAGCAUUUAUCCUGUUUACGAAGUUUCAGCCUAAAUUGUUGUGUGAUAUUUGCUUCAGAGAAAAAUGAGUGACAAAUCUAAACAGCAGCAGCAGCAACAAACACAAGAUAUAACACAAAGACUGCGUGCACGUUUUCAACAACUGGACACAGACAAAUCCGGAUCCCUAAGCAAAGAUGAACUAUACGAAGUACUUUCGCAGGAGAAUAAAGAUAUAACUAUGAGCAUAGUGGAAGGCAUAAUAAAACUAGUAGAUGAAAAUCGUGAUGGACAAGUAUCGUGGUCAGAAUUUAUCAAUGCUUAUACUCAGAAAAAAUUUGCGAAGUAGGAUCUCAGAACUCAUUUCAAUCUCGAAUAACAGUCACAUGUGGGUAACAUUAUUACAGGAAAUAUGUUUCAAACUGGCAUAAAAUAUACAACUAAAUAAAACAAAUCAGAAACAGA